GCUUUGAAUCCCUUCCAAGAAAAAAAAGCAAAGCUAGUUGUGUUGUAAAUAUGCAUUAGGUUCACCUUUUGGGAUAGCUGUCGCUUUGCAGUUCAUGUGAAACAUUGGUUUGAUUCUCAAUCAGUGCCUAAUUUAAGCAAAAGGCAUUGUUUAUUGUUUUCUAGACAAAAGGCUAGCUAGAUCUUCAAUCUUAUUUGCAAUCACCUUGGACUAUUCAUAGUAAAAUUUCGCUAGAAAGUGAAACUAAGAGGUCUUUGAAAAGUGGGGUUUUCUUUGGAGGGUGGACAAUUCUUUAGGAGUUAAUGUGAAUCAGUGAAAAGGGUCUCGUCAUAAAUACUGGUAUCUCUCUGUCUCUCUGCAGAUUAUCUGGAAUGGAAUAGUUGCAAUGUCCGUCGUACACGUCCUGGAAUCCAAUACGUGAGGAAGUUUCAGAGAAGUUCUUUGCGCUAAAUGAGUGGAGAAGAGAAGAAGGGAAAGCAGGGAAAAAGUGGCACGGAUGUUGCCAAGCAGGUUGUGGUUGCUGUUAAGGCAUCGAAAGAAAUUCCUAAGACAGCUCUGGUGUGGGCUUUGACUCACGUUGUUCAACCUGGAGAUUGCAUUACGUUGCUUGUUGUUGUUCCUUCACAUGGUUCAGGAAGAAAAUGGGGUUUUCCAAGAUUUGCUGGGGACUGCGCCAAUGGUAGCCGGAAGUCUCAAUCAGGAUCAAGUUCAGAGCAAAAGUCUGAUAUAACUGAUUCCUGCUCCCAAAUGAUCCUUGAGCUCCACGAUGUUUAUGAUUCAAACAAGAUUAAUGUCAAGAUUAAAAUUGUUUCUGGAUCACUAUGUGGAGCGGUAGCUGCAGAGGCCAACCAAGCCCAAGCUAGUUGGGUUGUAUUGGACAAGCAGCUAAAACCAGAGGAAAAACGCUGCAUAGAGGAGUUGCAAUGCAACAUAGUGGUUAUAAAGCGUUCACAGGCAAAAGUUCUCCGCCUAAAUUUGGUUGGAUCACCUGAGAAGGAAGCCGAAGCUUAUUGUCAAUUAAAUUCUGAGAUAGAUGAAACAUCUGAAAAGAACAAAAAUGGAUCAUCUGAUUCUAUUAGAGGGCCAGUUGUUACUCCAACUAGUAGUCCAGAGCUGGGGACACCAUUUACUGCCACUGAAGCAGGAAUGUCUUCAGUGUCAAGCUCUGAUCCAGGCACUUCACCUUUUUUCAUAUCAGAAGGGAAUGGAGACCUGAAGAAAGAGGAAUCAUUAGUCAUUGAGGACAGUCAGGAUCUUGACGGAUCUAGUUCAGACACAGAGAGUGAAAAUUUAUCCUUAUCUUCAGUGAGUUUAAGGUUUCAACCAUGGAUAACAAAAUAUCUUACUUCUCAUCAUCAGUCCUCACAACACCUAGAAGAAACUUCAGGUAGAGCCAAUGACAGGGUUCAAGCUUCAACAACAAAAGCCUUGCUUGAGAAAUUUUCAAAACUCGAUAGGGAAGCUGGAAUUGGAAUAUCAAGCUUUAGGAGUGAUAUUGAAUUUAGUGGAAAUGUGAGAGAAGCAAUUUCAUUAUCCAGGAAUGCCCCUCUUGGCCCUCCUCCAUUGUGUUCAAUAUGUCAGCACAAGGCACCGGUAUUUGGAAAACCACCUAGGUUGUUUACCUAUGCUGAAUUGGACCUUGCAACUGGUGGAUUUUCACAAGCUAAUUUCUUGGCUGAGGGUGGGUUUGGAUCUGUUCAUAGAGGAGUACUCCCAGAUGGCCAGGCAAUUGCAGUCAAGCAACACAAAUUGGCUAGUUCUCAAGGAGAUCUUGAGUUUUGCUCAGAAGUGGAAGUCCUUAGCUGUGCGCAGCACAGGAAUGUUGUUUUGCUGAUUGGGUUCUGCAUUGAGGAUAGAAGGCGGCUGCUGGUUUAUGAGUACAUAUGCAAUGGAUCCCUAGAUUCUCAUCUAUAUGGGCGUUAUCAGGAACCUUUAGAAUGGUCUGCACGGCAAAAGAUUGCUGUUGGAGCUGCUAGAGGUCUGAGAUACCUUCAUGAAGAGUGCAGAGUUGGCUGCAUUGUGCACCGUGACAUGCGGCCGAACAACAUUCUCAUCACCCAUGAUUUUGAACCUUUGGUUGGUGAUUUUGGCCUUGCAAGAUGGCAGCCUGAUGGUGAUACUGGAGUGGAAACAAGAGUGAUUGGAACAUUUGGGUAUUUGGCACCAGAAUAUGUUCAAAUUGGCCAAAUCACAGAAAAAGCUGAUGUUUAUUCCCUUGGAGUGGUGUUAAUUGAACUUGUUACUGGACAGAAAGCUGUGGAUCUUAAUAGGUCAAAGGGCCAGCAAUGUCUAACUGAAUGGGCACGUCCACUUUUGGAAGAAUAUGCUAUAGAUAAAUUGGUGGACCCAAGAUUGGAGGAUCGCUAUUCAGAACAUGAGGUCUAUUGCAUGCUUCAUGCUGCAUCAUUAUGCAUAAGGCGGGAUCCUCAAUCUAGGCCUCGUAUGUCACAGGUGCUCCGCAUGUUGGAAGGUGACAUGCUCAUGGACACAAAUUACUCAUCCCCAGGAUAUGAUGUUGGCAACUGCAGUGGCCGGAUAUGGGCAGAGCAGCAACAGCGUUACAGUGGAUCCUUGGUAAAUGAAGCAUUGGAAGGGUUCAGUGGGAAGCUCUCCCUGUAUGGACUAAGUCCGGGAGCCAGAACAACUUCAUGUGAAGAUGAUUUGUGAAAAGCUCAGUUACCGAGUUUCUUUGCACGCAUGGUACGCUAAAUAUAUGUGGCCUUUGGUUAUAUUUUCUUUUGUUUAUAUUUUCCAAUGCCAUCAUGAUUCUGCUUUUGUAUAGUGGUAGUAGUAGUAGUUUUGGAAGCAAGGGGUAAUAGGGUUUUUGUAAUUCUUUUGGAAAUGCCGAUUUUCAAAGCUAUGGUGAAUAUGCCUUCUAAUUAAAUCAAUGAAGCAGCUUGAGGAAUAUGGUUUUCUCUCUCUCUCACAUGUCUGUUGGUAUGGGAUUUUGUUUGAUAGUGCAUGGCGGG